AGCAUAAAUACCCUUGCUUAUCCUCCCGCCGGCCAGGCCGCCGCCGCAGCGCCAUGAUCCACCUCCGGAAGCGCAUCCUCUCCCACCUCCUUCGGCCCCCAUCCCCCGUCUCUGCCGCCCACAUAUCCCCGCUCUUCUCUCCCCACCGCCUCCUGUCCGCCACCAAAUGCGUCGCCCCAAACCCCUUCGCCAUCGAGGACUACCUCGUCUCCACCUGCGGCCUCACCCGAGAGCAGGCCCUCAAGUCGUCGAAGUGGAUCUCCCACCUCAAGCACCCCUCCAACCCCGACGCGGUCCUCGCCUUCCUCUCGGACCUCGGCCUCUCCCGCGCCGAGGUAGCCACCGUCGUCGCCAAGGACCCCAGAGUCCUCUGCGCCGACGUGGGGAGAACCCUCGCCCCCCGCGUCGCCGAGCUCGCCGACCUCGGGCUGUCGCGUCCCGACAUCGCGCGCCUCUUCAUUCUUGGCCAAAACCACUUCCGCCACAGCUCGCUCCGCCUCAAUCUUGAAUUUUGGAUCUCGGUCUUUGGCUCCCUCGACCAGUUCCUGCAGGCGCUCAAAAUUAACGGGGCUCUCCUCAGCAAAAGCAUCGAGAAGGUGGCCAAGCCCAACUUGGCACUCCUUGAGGAAUGCGGUAUAAGUGUUUCUGAUGUCACCAACCCCAACGCCUUCUUGUAUCGGAUGCUCACCACGAGCCCCAAGCACCUGCAGGAGGCCCUGACACGCGUUCAUGAGUUUGGAAUCCACCCGAGCUCGUCAGCAUUCUCCCGCGGGCUUAGAACAUUUGCGGUCCUUAGCAGUGAGAAGCUCACCAAGAAUAUACAGCUGUUGGAGAAGCUUGGAUGGUCAAGGGAUGCUAUAUCAUUAGCAGUGAGGAGGGAACCAACUAUACUGGGUUUGACUGAGGAAAGGGUUCGGAGAAGCUUGGAAUUCCUGAUAGGGGAUGUCGGAUUGGAGAUACCAUACAUCGCACGAAUGCCAGCACUGAUGAAUUAUAGCAUUGACCGUCGGCUAUUGCCACGGAACUGUCUGAUGAAUUUUCUCAAGGCGAAGGGGUUGUUCAGUGCCGAAUUCAGCUUCUUUUCUAUUGCUACUAUAAGCAAUGAGAAAUUUCUGCAUAAAUAUGUCCGUCCUUACGAGGAGAGUUUUCCUGGCCUUGCUGCUGCUUUUGCUUCUAGCUGCGCUGGAAAACACCAAUGGGAACAACUAUAUGAGACAACAUGCAAAAAGAGAAAUAGUUGACACUUGUUCUGGAAAGUACCAUUAGGAAUCUGUUUCAAGGUUUUUUUGUCCUCCCCAUUGGCCAUUGUUGAAAUGUAAUGUUCUAGCAUUUAGCUAUUGGUGACUGGCUUAAGUACUAUCAAAUGUUCAACUAGUGAUUUAUUUGUUUCUUAGGUUCUAUUUCGCAAAAUCGCUGCUGAGAGAAAAAUUUGGUGCUUGCAACUUUACAAGUUUGUAGCUUGCAAGGACCAUGUUCCAAGUUUUUUAUGAACAAUGAUACAGAGGACUGAAUUUCUCUGUUAGUAAAAGAUUGCCUAAGGUGAAGCUCUUGCAGAUGACACUCUGGUCUGGUGGUCCGAUGCUGAGGUGACUUGCUGUCAGUAGUGCUAAGGAUCUCCAAGGAACCAUCUGCACCAUAUGUUGGAGUUCCUAAUCACUUGUCUGCUUUUCUUAUUUAGCUUGGAGGGUCACCUCAUUCCCUGGCACGAUGAUGUGAAGUUUCCUAAGGCAAAUGGAUUAUUGACCAUAAAAAGAGCUACUAUGCCACAGUCCAGGUGAGCAAGAAGGUAUUCAUCAAGAAGUUCAUACAUCCUUACAAAAAAAAAGCUGCAUCAUUUCAUCGUGGAAGACUGCUGCGUGGAGAACUGCUCUCCAGUUUCAGAUUGCAUGGACCAAGAAGCAGCUCAGCAACCAGCAAAGUUUGGCACCAAGUUAAUGGGUAAAAUGUUUCUGUGUUCUUCUAACUAUAGUUUGCUUGCCCGAAAAAAAAAACCUAUAGCUUGCUUGUUACAUGCUGGUUCAGUUGUAACUGAUGGAUGGCUAAUAGAACACUGGAAUUGGUAUUUUGAUUCCUGAAUCCUGUUUGUUAA